AAAGGCAAGAAGAAUAGUGCUUGAUUGUGUGUGACUUAGCAGUUAAAUAUUUGUGAGUGAGAUAAUGCAGCUAAAAUUCAUGAAAACUAUCGUUGAAGCACAGGACCACCUGUACCGGGUGGCCGGACUGUGCUGGUCCGCCAACAAUCAGAAGCUGGCGGUAGCCACAGCCGACCGCACCAUCCUGCUGUUCGACGAAAACGGCGAACGGCGGGACAAGUUUUCCACCAAAGCGGCCGACCCAAAUGCGAUGAAAAACUCGUACGUUAUCCGGGGCAUAACGUUCAGCCCGGAUUCGAGCCGGCUGGCGGUGGCCCAGAGCGAUAGUAUCGUGUACGUGUACAAGCUGGGGGAGCAGUGGAAUGAGAAGAAGGUGAUCUGCAACAAAUUUCCGCAGGGUGCGGCCGUUACCUGCAUCUCCUGGCUGGCCGGUGGUUUGAUCGUUGCCGGGCUGGAGGACGGGAAGGUACGCUCGCUGUACUGCAAGAACAACAAAUCAAAGACACUGUACGGGACGGAUAGUAUGGUUGUGACGCUGGCCCAGAACACCAAGGGCACGGGCGUACUGUCCGGGCAUGAGGAUGGUUCGGUGGUACGCUUUUUGCUGGUGGAAGAGCCAGGCGAACCGACCGGACGAUUGCUACAGCAUCCGGUAGCACCAGUGGCGCUGGCCUGGCCCCAGGGUGGCAUCGUCGUGGCAGGGUGCGAAAAAAUCUGCUUCUACGAUCUGCAGGGACGGGCCAUGCGCACCUUCGACUACGCAAGGGAUGAGAUGGAGCGAGAGUUCGUGGCCGCUGCCAGCCCGAACGGGCAGGCAGUGGCAGUGGGCAGUUACGAUCGGUUGCGCAUUUUCAGCUGGAGCCCGCGGCAAAACGCUUGGGCCGAGUCGCUCUGCAAAACCAUCCCCAAUCUGUACACCGUAACGGCCGUCGGCUGGCGUAAGGAUGGCUCCCGGUUGGCCGUCGGCUCGCUGUGUGGCGCCGUGCUGGCGUACGAGUCGGUCCUGAGGCGCACGAUAUGGCAGGACAAGUUUGAGCUAACGUUCGUCGCUCCCAGCCAGGUGUUGUUGCGCUCGCUGCACGAACCGAUCACGACGAUGCUGGUCGAAUCGCAGCUCGGGCUCGAAAUCGAUGACAUUCGAAUUAUGGGCAAGGAUAGCUAUCUGGUCGGCCGAACGGAGGACUCUCUGAUCCUGUGCGAUCUGACCCGUUCGCUGACGAGCGAAAUUCCCUGGAUAGCGACCGGGCGCCACGAACGGUUCUAUUUCGAAAAUCCCACGGUCGCGCUAAUCUUCAACGCCGGUGAGCUGUCGCUGGUCGAGUACGGCGAACACUACAUCCUCGGCUCGGUGCGGACGGAGUUUGUCAAUCCGCACGUCAUCUCGGUGCGGCUGAACGAGCGGGGCAACACGCGCAACAACAAGAAGCUCGCCUACCUGCUCGACAUGAAGACGGUGUGCGUGGUCGAUCUGAUGCUGCAGUCAACGAUCGCACAGAUUUCGCACGAUUCCAAGAUCGACUGGCUGGAACUGAGCGAAACCGGGCACAAGCUGCUGUUCCGCGAUCGCAAGAUGCGCCUCGUGCUGGUCGACGUGGGUACCGGGCAGAAGCAAACGCUGUUGGCGAAGGUAGCCUUCGUGCAGUGGGUCCCGUCGAGCGAUGUGGCCGUUGCGCAGAGCGACACCAAUCUGGCCGUCUGGUAUAACAUCGAUCUGCCCGAGCACGUCACGAUGAUGCCGGUACGGGGCGACGUGGUGGACGUGCUGCGCGAGGAUGGCCGCACGGAGAUCAUUACGCGGGAGGCUGCGUCGGAGCACGUGUACCCGCUGGACGAGGGGCUGGUGGAGUUCGGCACGGCCGUUAAUGAUAGUGACUUUGGGCGUGCCAUUUUUUAUCUGGAAUCGCUUGGCGAUCGGCCCGCCGCCAAGGCAAUGUGGCACAAUUUGGCGAACAUUGCGCUGGCACAGCAGAACCUGCGUGUGGCACAGCGCUGCUUUGCGGCACUUGGCAAUGCGUCGAAAACGUUCUACCUGGGGGAGAUGAUCAAGAUCGCCGAGCGGUACGAGGAAACGACCGGGCCCGGUAUGACGUGUCCGGAGGUGCGGGCCAUGAUGGCACUGCUCGGUGGGGAUUUGAGAACUGCUGAACGCAUCUACAUCGAGCAGGGUGAUAUUGAAGCUGCAUUGGCCAUGUACACGAAGCUGCGCCGAUGGGAUGAUGCUAUCAAGCUAGCCGAGCGACGUGGGUACCAUGGACUGCCCGAGCUCAAGGAAGCACAGAUGGAGUUUCUGCUCACCACAAGCCAGGAGGAGAAGGCGGGCGAGGUACUGGAGGAGCGGGGCGAGAAGGACAAAGCCAUGACGCUGUACAUGAAGGCGAACAAACCGGUCAAGGCAGCCAAACUUGCAUUGAAGACACCGCACCUUCUGUCGAACGAGAAUCUUGUCACACGUGUAUCUGCGUCGUUGAUUAAAGCGGAAUUGUUUGAGCUCGCGGCAGAGCUCGCGAACCGUACUGGGCAGCAACAAACGGCAAUUACGCUGUACCGCAAGGGUGGUGCUUACGCUCGAGCCAUCGAACUAGCCCGCUACGUAACACCGGACGAUGUGACCAGUCUUGAGGAGGAGUGGGGUGACUGGUUAGUUGGCAAGCGACAGCUAGAUGCCUCCAUUAGCCACUACAUCGAAGCGGGCUGCACCGUAAAAGCUCUUGAAGCAGCGGUCGGUGCAAAGCAGUGGCGCAAAGCGGUACAGAUCGCCAAAGUCGUCGACGAUCCGGAAGAGAUCCAAAAGUACGCCGUCGAGCUGGCGGAACAUCUUUGCCAGAUAGGGGACGUGAAAACGGCUGAAGAGCUGCUGGUACGGGCCGAGAUGUACCGGGAAGCGGUACAGCUGCUCAACAAGCACGGCCAGUGGGAGAAAGCAUUUGACAUUGCGGAUCGCUUUCUACCCGGUGCGGACGUGCGCGAGAUGUUUGUCGCGCUGGCGAAAGGACUCGAGCAGGAGGGUAAGUACCGGGAUGCGGAGCGUGUGCUACUCACGGUGAAUGAGCCCGAUUUGGCGAUCAACAUGUAUAAGGAGCUGGAGCUGUACGACUCAAUGAUAAGACUGGUGGAGCGCUAUCACAAAAGUCUGCUGGAGCAGACGCACCUAAACCUGGGCCGACAGCUAGAAUCGAAGGGUAGGUUUAAGAAUGCCGAAGUACACUUCCUGGCGGCGGGCGAUUGGAAGGCUGCGGUCCACAUGUACUGUACUGCCGGAAAGUGGGAGGAAGCACACCGUGUCGCCAAGCAGAAGGGUGGCCAGCCGGCCUCCGAACAGGUAGCCUUCAUGUGGGCCAAAUCACUGCCCAUCGAAGGAGCGGCUCGAUUGCUCACGAAGAUGAGCCUGCUGGACAGCUGCAUCGCGUACGCUUGUGAGGCCGGUCAGUUCGAUUUUGCCCUUGAGCUGUGCAAGGUGAGUGGCCGUUCGGCGGACGAUGUGCAUCUGAAAAUUGCGAUGGCCCUGGAGGAUGAUGGGAAGUUUACCGAGGCGGAGGCGGAAUUUCUGCUCGCAAACAAACCGCGCGAAGCCAUCAUGAUGCACACACACGGUGGCGAUUGGAAGUCCGCCCUGCGGGUUGCGGAAAAGUAUCUACCGGAGGCCGUUCACGAGGUGCUGCUAAGCCAAGCGAACAGUGCACUGGAAGCACGCAACUACCCCGAAUACGAAGCGCUGAUGAUUCGUGCCGAUCGACCCGAUUUAAUACUGGAACACUACAAGGAGUACAACAUGGUGGCGGACGCACUGCGCAUCGCCAAGGAGUACGUGCCGGGCGCGGUAGCGGAACUGCAGAAGCUGUACACUCGCAUGAACCGAGGCACUGGCGAAUCGACCGACUCACGCUAUCUGCUCCAGAAAGCAUCGGAACACGCCCGCAAUGAAGAGUUUCGCCGAGCGACGGAGUGUCUGCUGCAGAUAACGGAAGCGAACGCAGACGAACCAACGGUGACCCGUGCGCUGCUCCGUGCCGCCGAAAUAUGCAACCAAUUCCUCGAAGGCCCGGAAGCGAUCGAGAUGGCCCGCGAGCUUGGACCACGGCUGAUCGAGAUCAACCAAAUUGGGCCGGCGGCACAGCUGUACCUUGCUGCGGAGCUGCCCCAGGAAGCGGUCGAUGUGUUCAUCCGCACCGACAACUGGGCAAAGGCACGCCGGCUGGCGAAGGAGAUCGAUCCGCAGUUGGUGGUGUACGUGGAGGCACAGCAGAAGGCACGGCUGCGCAACCAGGGCAACGUGGAGCAGCUGGCCGACAUCGAUAUGGUCGGUGCGUUGGAUCUGCUGGCCGAGCAGGGUCAGUGGAUACGGUGCAUCGAGAAGGCCAAGCAGCACAGUGUGCCGGUGCUGCAGAAGUACAUGGCGCAGUACGCGGCCCAGCUGAUCCGGGAUGGUGAUUGUGUGGCUGCGCUUAACCUUUACCUCGAGCACGGGGUACCACCGGUGGCGGCCAACUUUAACAUCUACAGCCGCAUAGCGCUCGAGUGUUUUGCGCUGAGAGAGCCCGAUGCGGGAGCGACCGUUUGGAAGAAUGUUCGCACGUUUCUGCUGAAUCUAGUGCAGGCACUGCGCGGUUCCGAUCAGGGCGAGGCGGAAGUUAUCGAUCGGUUCGAGCAGUUGCUAGUGAUUGCGCAUUACUACGCAACGCGGGCCGCGUGUCGGCAGGCGCCCGCGCUGCAGUCGAUCGCGGUGAAGAUAUCGGUCGCCUUGCUGCGCUACACGGACAUCAUUCCGUGCGACAAGGGAUACUACGAGGCGGGAAUGGAUUUGCGUGGCCUGGGCCGGGAAUCGGAAGCGUUCGUAAUAUUGAACCACUAUCUGGACGUUUGUGAAGCGAUCGAGGAAGGUUCGGGGAAUUUGGUGGACCAUUCGGAUCUCUCUUCCACGGACUUUCCCAGCUCGGUGCCGAUUCCGGCCGAGCUGCAUCUCAAGAACGAACUGCAGCUGCACGAGGAAAUCCGUGAGUGGGUACUGGCGGUCAGUAUGGAUCAGAAGGUUGAUCAGACGCUGCCGACGGACGAUCGGAACAUGUACGAGGCAAGUCUGGGGCUGUCCGAUCAGCCGUGUCUGGUGAGCGGCUAUCCGGUGAUGGGCCGGCAGCCUGUCGUGUUUCAGCGUACACACCGGUUGGCGAAUCGGGACGCGUGGAGCAAGCUGACGGUGGCCGCCCGGAUGGCACCGCAGACGGACAUUCCCGGUGUGAUUGAUUUCAUCGAAAAGUGGUGCGGCCCGGCCAACUUCCUAUCCGGUUAGUGAGGUAACGGUUGGAUUGUAGUUGGUCGUUGUGUGUUUUGAUUUAAAAUUGUAUAACAUUAGAUUUGUCACAUUUCAAAUAAACAA